AUGGACUCGUACUCGAUAACGAACGUAAAAUACCUCGAUCCUAGCGAAUUGCACCGUUGGAUGAACGAGGGCCAUACCACCACGCUGAGGGAGCCCUUCCAGGUGGUGGACGUGCGAGGCUCGGACUACCUGGGGGGCCAUAUCAGGGACGGAUGGCACUACGCAUACUCGCGUCUUAAACAGGAUCCGGAGUAUCUGCGUGAACUAAAGCACCGGCUGUUGCAAAAGCAAGCGGAUGGCCACGAAGCGCUCAACGUGGUGUUCCACUGCAUGCUGUCGCAGCAACGCGGACCGUCCGCGGCGAUGCUGCUGUUGCGGUCGCUUGACACGGCAGAGCUUCCCCGCUGUCGGCUAUGGGUGUUGCGCGGCGGUUUCUCCCGUUGGCAGGCCGUGUAUGGUGACGACGAAAGCGUCACAGAGGGUUACCUCUCUGAUCUGUGGGAUUGA